CCCAGUCUCUCCCUGGCCUCCCCACAGAGCUGGCCUCCGUCUCAGUCUCAGCCAAACAUGUCCAGCCUCCAGGUGCUAUGCUCUGGCCUGCCACUGCGGCCCCUCCCGGAAAACCGGGGACGCUGGGCUGGGGUGCCCCACGCACCCGUCAGGACCCCCGGCCUUAGCCCUGCAGAGGAGCAGCUCGCACUGAGGAAUGCCCUGCGCUACUUCCCCCCGGACGUCCAGGAGCUGCUGGCCCCUGAGUUUGCCCAGGAGCUGCGACUGUACGGGCAUAUCUACAUGUACCGGUUCUGCCCCGACAUUAAAAUGAGGGCCUACCCAAUCGAGCAGUACCCCUGCCGGACGAGGGCCGCUGCAGCCAUCAUGCACAUGAUCAUGAACAACCUGGACCCUGCUGUAGCCCAGUUUCCCCAGGAGCUCGUGACCUAUGGAGGAAAUGGGCAGGUGUUCAGCAACUGGGCUCAGUUCUGGCUGACGAUGUCCUACCUGUCACAGAUGACAGAGGAGCAGACCCUGGUCAUGUAUAGCGGACACCCUCUGGGCCUCUUCCCAAGCAGCCCCGGGGCCCCCAGGCUGGUCAUCACCAACGGGAUGGUCAUUCCCAACUACUCCUCCCGGACAGAGUAUGAGAAGCUCUUUGCUAUGGGAGUUACAAUGUACGGCCAGAUGACAGCAGGCAGCUACUGCUACAUCGGUCCCCAAGGCAUCGUCCAUGGCACAGUGCUCACCGUGUUGAAUGCCGGGCGACGGUACCUGGGGGUCAAGGACCUGGCUGGGAAGGUCUUUGUCACCUCUGGGCUGGGCGGAAUGAGUGGCGCUCAGGCCAAAGCCGCGGUCAUCGUGGGGUGCAUCGGCGUGAUAGCAGAGGUGGAUAAAGCCGCCCUCAUGAAACGCCACCAGCAAGGAUGGCUGAUGGAAGUGACCGACAGCUUGGACCACUGCAUUGAAAGACUCAGGGAAGCAAGGAAAAGGAAGGAGGUGCUCAGCCUUGGUUACCAUGGCAAUGUAGUAGAUCUUUGGGAGCGGCUGGUCCACGAGUUGGACACGACGGGGGAGCUCUUGGUGGACCUGGGGUCAGACCAGACGUCCUGCCACAACCCGUUCAAUGGCGGUUACUACCCUGUGCAGCUGGGCUUUGCAGAGGCGCAGAGCCUCAUGGCCUCCGACCCGGCUGCAUUCAAGAGCCUGGUCCAGGAAAGCCUGAGGAGGCAAGUCUCAGCCAUCAACCGACUGGCCAAGGAGAACUUCUUCUUUUGGGACUAUGGCAAUGCCUUCCUGUUGGAGGCCCAGAGAGCAGGAGCUGACGUGGAGAAGAAAGGCGCCAACAAGACAGAAUUCCGCUACCCCUCGUACGUCCAGCACAUCAUGGGAGACAUAUUCUCCCAGGGAUUCGGGCCUUUCCGCUGGGUAUGCACGUCAGGGGACCCCCAGGACCUGGCGGUCACGGAUGAGCUGGCCACGUCUGUGCUGGAGGAAGCAAUUGCUGACGGAGUGAACCCGGCUGUGAAGCUGCAGUAUGUGGACAACAUCCGCUGGAUCCGGGAGGCCGCCAGGCACCGGCUGGUGGUGGGCUCCCAGGCGAGGAUCCUGUACUCAGACCAGAAAGGCCGUGUGGCCAUUGCUGUGGCCUUCAACCAAGCCAUCGCCCGUGGGAAGAUCAAGGCACCGGUGGUCCUGAGCCGGGACCACCAUGACGUGAGUGGCACAGACAGUCCCUUUAGGGAGACCUCCAAUAUUUACGAUGGUUCUGCCUUCUGUGCAGACAUGGCUGUGCAGAACUUCGUGGGAGAUGCCUUUCGAGGUGCCACCUGGGUCGCUCUUCAUAACGGCGGGGGUGUCGGCUGAGUUUUUCUCAGGAAUGUUCAGCGCUGUCUGGUCCCGAGCCUCCUCCACUGACAUUCUCAGGGCAGCUGGGCUGGGAGGCUGAAGACCUGGGUUCUGAGCUCUCCUGGGUCCCCAGCUCAUGGCUCUGCCCUGCCAGGCCUGUUUGCAGUCUGACUGGGGUCCAUGGGAGGGUCCUAUAAUGGCUGACAGUUGUAGCUCCGUCAUGAGUAGGUAUGCUUUAAUUCUGCACCCCCAACUACAACAUGUGGGUUUUUUCCCACACUACCAGGCAAUUCUCCAACACCCACAAUUCAACUCAGUUCUGACAUUAUCUACUCAGAGAUAGCAGCAGACCCCACAGGUUAGGGCUCAGUCCCACAAGACUGCCAAAUGCAGGUCUAGGUUGUUGCCUGUGCUUCUGACCGACUGGCCACCAAGCCGAGGUUCCCACAGUAGCCUCCCUGGAUUCCACUAAUUUGCUAGAGCAGCUCAUAGAACUCAGGAAACCGGUAUACUCACUAGAUUAUCUAUGUAUUACAAAGGAUAUCAAAGGGUGCAAAUCAAGAGCCAUAGGGAGAGGUCCCGAAUAAAGGAGUGUCUGUCCUUGCGGAAUUUGGGGCCUGAUAUGGUGGCACGUGGAAGUCUGGUUCCCCAACCUAGAAUCUCUCCAAACCCAUCCCUUCAGGUAUUAAUGGAGGCUUCAUUAUUUAGGCAUGAUUGACAAGAUCAUUGAUCCCUGAUGAGCAUUCAAAUUCCAGCCCCUCUCCCUUCACUGGAGGUCUGGGGAGGUGGGACUGAAAGUUCUGAUUCCCUAAAGAUAUGGUUGGUUCCCCUGGAAACUAGCACUCCCUGCUCCCUCCAUCCUUAGAGGUGGUCCAAAAGUCACCUCAUUAACAUAGCAAAAGACACGUUUACUGCUCUCUUACAAAAUUCCAAGUGUUUUUAGGAACUUUGUGCCAGAAAUGGAGCAAAGACCAAAUAAGUGUAUAUUUCUUAUUAUGAAUCGCAAUAUCACAAGGAAUAGUCAUUCACAAAGAAUAAUGAAUAAUUAAAAUUUAUUACACAUGGAUGAUGUGGCAAACAUUUGCUAAACUCUUUGAAUCUAGUCUCUUACCUAAUCUUAGAAGGAAAAUACAUUUUACAGAUGAGGAACCUGAGGCACCAGAAGGUUAAUGAGCUGGACCUGUCCCAGCUCACCUCGCCUCACCUGGCUGGGUCUGGGAUAUCAGGCCAAGUUGGAUUCCUUGCUCCCUCGGGCAGCAGGGGGCGCUGCUGCUUCGGAGAGGACGGCUCCCAGGAGGGCAAUCUCUGAACUGAUCUCUGAGCCUGUGCUGGCCGGAUUAAGCUUGGCCUUGCCCUCCUGAGCCAAGUCCUUCAGCACUGGAGCUUCCCAGAGCAUUCCGGUGGGCUGGCUUCGAGGCCAGAAUUCCGAGCUGGAGCCGUCAGGUGGCUCUAAUUAAUGGAAAAUGUGACCGGAGUACGUGUUCUUUCCGAUACACAAGCUAGAGAAAACCAGGACGAAGAGUGCCUGGUUGUGGGGUGCCUGGCGUCUUGGCACUGAGUUUGCUGACUCGGUGCUGGAGGUGAAGAGAACAAAGUUGAGUAAUGUGCCCAAGGCCACAGAGCUGGGGGUGGAGCCAGGAUCGAACCCAGAUCUUUCACCUCCCAGAAUCCACCUGCUGUUUGCCAACUAAACCACAGAGGGCAAGAAGGGGAGGAGCAGAGCUGGCUGGAGAAAGCAUCCAUGACUUGAGGGCCUCGGAGCAGGACCCCCUUCGUGGGGAGCUCCCAAGAGAGGAAAGGCUCCCUGCCAAUUCCCAAGUUGCUCCCACCCUCUGGCUGUGCCCUCAGGCUGUGCAGACAGGGCUGCAGACUAGCCAGAGGCCAGCAUCAACA